ACUGAAGACAAAGCGCAGAGAGGAGUCCACCUCUCCAUGUGAUGUGCAGCCGCUCGGUGAGGGCGCAACAGUAAUCUCAGAUACUCCCCGCAUUUUUUUUCUCCAAAAGAUUUUAUUUACGCUGCAUGGAGAGUUAACCAAGUGCGCCUCUGCCAUUUUUUUGCGGGUGUCCACUCACUUAGUGCUCCCUCCACUCCAGCUUCAACAUUUGUGAAGUGGCUGCCUCACCCGCUCGGACCGGGGGCCGUCUGGUCUCUGAUCUGGUCUCUGGAGUCCCCGGAGACUCGACGCGCUCCGUCAGAGCCAGGCUGUGCGGCUCCAGGAUCAGACCCGAGCCACCCCGAGCUCUAGCGAUGGAGAUGAUGGAGGGAGACGUUAUGGACAAACUCGAGGACAUGUCAUCGGUGUACGACUUCGAUCCGAUCACCGGCAACAUCCCCGCCACCAAAGUAGAAAUCACCGUCUCCUGCAGAAAUCUGCUGGAUAAAGACACAUUCUCCAAGUCAGAUCCAUUGUGCGUGCUCUAUACGCAAGGUGUUGAAACCAAACAGUGGAGAGAGUUUGGCAGAACGGAGGUGAUAGACAACACCCUAAAUCCAGACUUUGUUCGAAAGUACAUCUUGGACUACUUUUUUGAGGAGAAGCAGAACCUUCGCUUCGACUUGUAUGAUGUCGACUCUAAGAGCCCAGACCUGUCCAAACAUGACUUUUUGGGUCAGAUGUUCUGUACUCUUGGGGAGAUUGUUGGAUCACCAGCCAGUCGACUGGAGAAACCACUGGGAGGGAUCCAAGGGAAGAAAUGUGGCACUAUCAUCCUGUCCGCAGAGGAGCUGAGCAAUUGUCGAGACAGCGCCACUAUGCAGUUCUGUGCCAACAAGCUGGACAAGAAGGACUUCUUUGGCAAGUCGGACCCUUUCAUGGUCUUCUACAGGAGCAACGAGGAUGGAACGUUUACUAUCUGCCAUAAAACAGAGGUGGUGAAGAACACAUUAAAUCCAGUGUGGCAGCCUUUCACUAUCCCAGUACGAGCGCUCUGCAACGGAGACUACGACAGAACGAUCAAAGUGGAGGUGUACGAUUGGGAUAGAGAUGGCAGCCAUGACUUCAUCGGGGAUUUUACGACCAGCUACCGAGAGCUAGCUCGAGGGCAGAGUCAGUUCAAUGUGUACGAGGUGAUUAAUACCAAGAAGAAAAUGAAGAAAAAGAAAUAUGUCAACUCUGGGACAGUGACCCUGCUCUCGUUCUCAGUGGAGUCAGAGUUCACAUUCUUAGAUUACAUCAAAGGAGGGACGCAGAUCAAUUUCACUGUGGCCAUCGAUUUCACAGCAUCUAAUGGUAACCCCUCCCAGUCCACCUCGCUGCACUACAUGAACCCCUACCAGCUCAACGCCUACGCCAUGGCCCUGAAGGCUGUCGGGGAGAUCAUUCAGGACUACGACAGUGACAAGAUGUUCCCCGCUUUGGGCUUUGGAGCCAAACUGCCCCCUGACGGACGGGUGUCGCAUGAGUUUCCACUGAAUGGAAACAUGGAAAAUCCGUACUGCAAUGGUAUUGAGGGCAUCUUAGAGGCAUACCACCAGAGCCUGAAGACAGUGCAGCUGUACGGGCCGACAAAUUUCGCUCCUGUGGUGAACCAUGUUGCCAGGUAUGCAGCUGCGGUGCAGGAUGGCUCUCAGUACUUCGUGCUCCUCAUCAUCACAGAUGGCGUCAUCUCUGACAUGGCCCAGACCAAAGAAGCCAUUGUAAAUGGUGCCAAGCUUCCCAUGUCCAUCAUCAUAGUUGGAGUUGGUCAGGCUGAGUUUGACGCUAUGGUGGAGCUGGAUGGCGAUGACAUCAGGAUCUCGUCCCGAGGGAAACUGGCAGAGAGAGACAUCGUUCAGUUUGUUCCCUUCAGAGAUUACAUGGACCGGACAGGCAACCACGUGUUAAGCAUGGCUCGGCUCGCUAAAGACGUGCUAGCAGAGAUCCCAGACCAGUUCAUCUCUUACAUGAAGAGCCGGGGGAUCAAACCCAAUCCGGCGCCACCUCCCUACACACCACCCGGACACACACACCACCACCACACACAGAUCUGAUGCCCUCCUCUUGGCUUUUCACUGAAGACUGACAGCAUGCAGCAGCCACACAGAGUCCAGUGGGAACUCUGCCUCCUGUUUUUUGGUGCAAACAGGAGCUGACGCACCAGGAAAUGGGUGUUGAAUUUUGUGCCGUAUCCUCCCAGUGACUAUCGGAGCAGCAUUUUUUUCUUGGUUUGUUUUUCUGUGAUAUGUUCAUUUGGAUGAUUUCUCUUAAAGAGAGGCUCAAACUUUCCAGGACUCGUUGGUGAACGCCUUUUAAAUCGACACUGAGGCAGUGACUGUUUCACAUCUAAUUUGACAGCAGGUUGGUUCAAAGAGGUCAUGUUGUGGUUAAAACUUGUGCCUGUCUGUGGUUGUUUCUCUAAGUGUAUCGGGACGUGAACUUUGACCUAAGCCUUGCUCGUCAGUCAUUGGUGGCCUAAUGCAGUGAUAUUUUUUAGGCACAUUUUACCUUCUGCAAGUAGUUUUUAUAUUUGGGGAUUGUCUCCAUAUCUUCUAAUGCAUCAGUUAUGAUGGAGGAAAAACUACAGGUGUGUAGUUUACACUUUAUUACGUUACAAACAUUAUUCAGGCUUUUCGUACCAUGAGGUUUCACCUCCUCUCUUCUUUGUUAGGUAAAUGUUUAUAAGAGCAUGUUGUAUGAGAAGUUAAAUCUCCAUAUUCCAGUAUAUUUAUUCUCCAGUGUUAUUCAGAGUGGCAUGGACAUUUGAUAGAUCUGUUUUGAAGUGGUCACCAAUUAUUUUCAUACGGCAUAUAAAAAGCACAACCUGUCUCUGUACCAAGGACAAGAUUAUGACGAUGCUAUCAGGUUAAUCACAUUUAAUCAUUUUGAUAGCUGCCAUUCAAUUUAUUUUAUUUAUUCAUGCAACUCAAAAAUCUUUGUACUGCAGCUGCAAUUUAACAUACAAUGCUGAAAAUGUGUCUCAGGCUGGUUUAUGGUUCUCAUUCAAUAAGGAUGAAUUGCCAUCACAACGGACAACGUUGCACAAGAGGAACGUUAACAAAUUAAUCAUGAGUUUCUUUUAAAAUGUAGUGGUUUUGUAACACACAGUAAAUACAACAUAUUACUUUGCUCUAGUCUGACUAAUACCACUUUUAGGUAAUAUACACCACUAAAGCAUAAUAUCCAAGGACAAUAAGGGUCUUAUGGCUAUUACCAGUUCUUGCAGAGAGGCACUGAGUCAAAAUUAGGGGUGUCAAACAUUAACUGUUUAAGUAAGCUGCCAAGAAUAUUUUGACCGGUUACAUGUCGAUCAGUAGGUGAAUUUUGCUACUCUUCAGUUUAGUAGUAGUACUGGCACUGUGCUGUACUGAAUUAAUAACAAAGCUGAUGAGGUAUUCACACUACGCUGGUUACCUAGCCUUGGCUCCCCUGCUGUGCACCACUUGAGUCGUAUGGGCGAUAGCUCACGACGGCACUCAUUUGGCGAUUACUGCUGGUAACGCCAUCCUGACCAAUGAUGGCAGGACAGUGUUACUGCAAAAACAUUGCAUGCCCACCCUCCAGACUCUCUCCAAGGUCGCCCCCAUGAGUAACUGUUUUAAUAUUGAACUGCAAAUCCCCUUUAGCACGUUAGCAGUAUCAGUAUGGCUACUGGUGCUAACAUACAGUAGUUAACAAUGGUAAGGGGUUUUACGGCUCAAAAUGAUGCUGUCUACUCACGGGGGUGACAUGGGGAGAGACACCGGAGGGUGGUCACCAUGUUUCUGCAGCGAUGCUAUCAGCUCGUGUUGCACAGUGCAGAGUGACCAAGGCCAAAGUUAGCUAACCAGUGGAGACUAGAGUGUGGGCAGUGGGCACUAUGUUUCCACAUGUUAGCUGAAUGUCUGUCAGCAAAGCCAACAGAAAUAAAACCAUUACAACACAAACAUUUCACCAACUCCAAAUGGAUAGCGCUUUGAAAUGCGGUGCUAAAGCUAACUGAGUCAACAGAGGGCCAAACUAAAAGGAAAAUGGCUCUAUUUUGUCAUGAAAAUUAACCACUUAGCUACAGGUGAAAAGGUUUGGGGCUUUUAAAAGCAAAAUUAAACGUAACUGACAUCCCUAGUCAAAAUCUUUUUCUCGUAGCUCACCCAUUUCAGUUGAUGCAUAAAUUGAUGUGUACACAUUACAAAUCAAUAAGGGACAUACAGCAAACAUCAGGGAAACAUAACACCCACCCACUGAUGGGUUUAUGUUGCAGAAUAAUUUGGGGCAACCAAAGGAGGCACGAUGAUUCACUGGGGCCAAAUCUCAGUUUUACCCCAGGGCCCAACUACCAGUUAAUCCAGCCCUGAUAUGAUCCAAAAUAUGCCACGUCUGCAACCCAGAGACUUCAUAAGCCAUGAGAGGCCACGCAUCAGCAGCCACAUAACCUCCAGCGUCAUAGACUUCUCACUUAAAGUCGGUGCAAUCACAGCCGGCGUUCCUCCAUGGAGAUUUACAUUUUAUACAGCCUGAUCCUUGCAGCAGUGUAUUACAAGUCUCUGGUGGGAUCCUCAAGUGGUCUCCGGAGCUUUAGGAUUUAUGUUCAUUACAUUCAGUACGUAAGUAAUUCUCUCAUGUGUAAACACAUUAACAAUCUGUCUGUACCACAGGGUAAAGAGGGAUCCUUUUGUUCUAAUCUUAGUUCGGCUUUCUAUAGCCUCCUACCAUCUGUGACGUCGGUCUAGUGUGAAGAAACAAAAACAAACAGGAAUCUACGUAGAAAAUCCAAUUUUACAGCAUCAGUAACAAAGCUUGUCAUUUGAGAUGUGUCCUUGCACAAUGAUGCAACAAUAAGCCCUGAUGGUCCUAUGAUGUGUUGCCUUACAAACAUGCAGAGAUCAUACUGUAGAAAUGAGAUUUAAGGAAAAUGAUCCAUGUAGAGGCGUUUUGAUCAUUAAGGGUACAUAAGUAGGAUCAUAACAACCACAAGGAGUUUUUGAUGAAAGUACACAAAGCAGUGUAAGACUCAAAUCUUCUCUCUCAUCACGCCUGCCAUCUGACAAAUUACAUAGUAUUUUCUGCUCAAGUUGCGGUAACAAUUUUUCUGUCCAGUUUGUCUUGUUUCUCAUGUUUAUAUUGACAUGGUACACUAUUUUCUUGAUUAAACGAUCAAUUCUUUGGCCAAUAAAACUUAAGAAAAUAGCGAAAGUGACGUCUUCGAAAGGUAUAGGAACAAAAAUCCCAAACUAUUUUGUUUAUUUUUAUGUUUGAUGAGGAAAAGCAUCAAAUCCUCACCUUUAAGAUGCAUGAAACAGUGACAUUUUUGCUUAUUAUUAAGUUGCAAAUUAAUUUUCUGUUGAUCGACAAAUUGAUCAAUCAACCAAUUAUUGCAGCUCAGGUACACUGGCCAUAUCAUCAGCUUUUCUACUUAAGGAACAGGACACCCUAAUAAAAAAAAUAAAUAAAUCAGGCAGUAGACAGACUAAAAAUUGAAGGCAGUCAUACAUGCUGCAUUAAAAAGAAGGUAUUUCUACAUGAUGGAGAGUCUUCAUUUACUUAGUUUAUUGACUUUUUGAACUAUUGGAUGGAUUGCCUUGAAAUCUGGGCUCAGACGUAUUCCUCAGAGGAUGUAUCCCAAUCCCUGACUUCUCUUGUAGCAUCAUUAUCAGAAUUUCAAAUUUGUCCUAUACUUAUAUUUAUGACCAAAUAAAGCAAAUGUUAGCAUGCUAAUGUGCAAAGGUAAGAUGGUGAACAUGAUUAACAUUAAAACAUCAGCAUGUUAGCAUCAUUAUUGUGAGCAUGUUGAUGUUAGCAUUUAGCCCAAAGCAAUGCUUUGACUCAGUGCAGCCCCAGAGAGCUGUCAGCAUGGCUGUAUCUAAUUUUUGUCCUUUGUUUUUUGGCAUUACGUGGACAUAAACUGCUUCUAAAUCUUACUUUUUCCAUCUUUGCAAAUCUUUCACCACAGCCAUUGCUCUUCUCUAAGUACUAUUGCUCCAAUUUCACUUGGUUUUAUUUACUUCCAUAACCUUCAUGCACCCCUCAUUGGUGUAGAGAGUAAACAAAACAGUGCUACAAUGGGUAUAAUAGCCUGUAAAAGGUGCCCUUUCCUUAUGAACCAACAAAGUGCGGCAGAGGCAGAAUUAAUCUGAGCUGAAAAAGGUCUAUUCAAAUGUCUAAUGUAGCAAACUAAAGGCCUUAAUAAUGUGAAAGGCAGUCACUGCAUCUCAUUUAGUCCUGUGCUGAAAAGCAGCUCAGUUGGAUAAGUAUGGCUCUGGGUAGGUGGAGAGAAAAUUAUUUGGCAAACAGCUAUUUGCUUGUAAAUCACUGUGGUGUGAGAGAGGAAACAGUUAACAGUGAAAAGAUAAGCGUGGACUUCUAACAGAAUGUAAAGUGUACGAACAGCUGGUUUGAUCCCAACAGCACUUUAUCCUCGCGAGGAGUGCUCAUUGUAUAUGUUUGAUAUAUUUUUAGGAAUAUUACUGUAUUGAAGAUAUUUAUUUAUUUUUGGAGUUUGUAUGAAAAGCCAUCGCUCCUGUCGUCUAUGGUGACCUCUUAAUGCCCUGAUUUAUUAGUAUGAUGAAUCGACUGCAUGUUUUCUUGUGGUGCGUCGAAGAAUGCCGCCAUCUGUAAAAUAGGAACUAGCCCAACCAGAUUACAUGCAUGUCAGUUGCCAAACAUGGCAGUAAAGCUCUGUGGACUGUUCUUCUCUCUCGUGCCUGGUUCUACAAACAUUUUUUGUCUCACCAGUGGUUAAAAACUGUAGCUGAAUUAGCAUGUUACAGUUAACACUUUUUUUUAAUAUUCUUUUUUUUGUUUAUUCCCACAACUUCUCUUUGUUGUUUAUAUCUCUUGAGUUUUCUGAUUUGCAUGACUCUCUACUUUCUUCAAAUGGGUUUUUAUUGUACAUGAUUAUUGUCAUAUGGUGGGUUGUGAAAUGCUUUGUAUUGGAUUGCCUUAACUGGA